AUGAAUUAUGUCCCAUUUUUCUAUAUGAUUAUCAUUACUGGAACACCAAAUGUCAUGGCGAUUACUCUAAUGCUCCUUUCUCAAAAUUAUAAUCAGAAGGUGACUAGGAUUCAUGAGAAAUAUGCACACCAGUCGAACUAUUCUCUAGCAGCAAGAUUCCAAGCGAAGGAGAACAUCAAGUGUUUCAAAAUGAUCAAGAAAGUUUUAAUCGCCGCAUUUUGCAUUGUUGUUUUUGGUUUCUCUGUGGCCAUUGUACUGUUCUUAAAUGUUUCCCCGCAAUUAGACACACUUUGGAACAUUUGUAUUCUUGCAGUUAUGAGUUUACCUCCACUUGUUAUAUGUCCAGCAAUCAUUAAUUCUGUCGAUUCGUUUCGUAAUUAUCCAUUUUUACCAAUAGAAUAUUUUCGUGUUAAACUGAAAAUUGGAGAGAGGGAAGUGGCUAUUAUACCAAGAAAAAAGAGUUCAGCAAAAAGCGACGACAUCAGGAAAGAGACAGAAACUUAUUUCAAUCAACUGGCAGCAUCCUGGAGAUGA